AUGGGCAACGACCUCCAAGUCCUCCCACCAGGAGCCGGCUACGGCAUCGUAAUCGGCAUCGGAGGAAUCUUCGCCUUAUUCAUGCUCGGGCUGACCUGGCUACAAAACCGCUACACCCAAUUCUCAACACACAAAGCCGAGGAAUUCAACACGGCCUCUCGAUCCGUCAAACCGGGCCUCAUCAGCGCCGGCAUCGUAUCCUCAUGGACGUGGUCUGCAACACUCCUUACAAGUUCCACGUUCGGAUAUAGCUAUGGUGUCUGUGGACCCAUGUGGUAUGGCGCUAUGGGUACCCUGCAGAUCCUCAUGUUUGCUUUGAUCGCUAUUAAGAUCAAGGCCAAUGCGCCCGGUGCCCAUACCAUGCCGGAGAUUGUGUUGUCGCGUCAUGGUAAGAUUGCGCAUGUUACGUACCUGUACUAUGGCCUUGCGACAAACAUGCUCGUUGGGGCGUGUUUGGUGCUGGGUGGGGCGCAGGUCGUCGGUGCGUUGACGGGCAUGAAUGUGUAUGCGGCGGUGUUUUUGAUUCCUCUUGUGGUUGCGGCGUACGUUAUUGCCGGUGGGUUGCGGUCAACAUUCAUUGCUGAUUACACGCACACGGUCAUUCUGUUCAUUGCUAUUCUGGUGUUCGGGUUUUCGAUGGUUGCCACCAGUGAUAUUGUGGGUAGCCCGGCGAAGCUUUAUGACCUUCUGCAGGAUGCGUCGAAGACUAUGCCGAUCGAACGGAACACGGACGGGUCGUAUCUGGCUUUUCGAUCGGUUGGAGGCUUGAUCUUUGCAUUUGAUCUCUUUGUGGCUGGGUUCACGACCGUGUGGCUGGACCAGGCAUACUGGCAGCGAGCUAUUGCUUCGAAGCCCGAGAGCUCUGUCAAGGCAUAUAUUCUGGGUGGGAUUGCCUGGUAUGGAAUUCCCUUUGGCUUUGCGACAGUCAUGGGCCUGGGCUGUGCGGCUUUGACGAGCAAUCCAAACUUCCCUACUUUCCCGAGUCCUCUAUCCACUGAGCAGACCAAUGCGGGUCUCUCUGCUCCAGCAACCGCAAUCACGCUUCUCGGAAAGGGCGGCGCCGUAUUGAUGCUGAUCCUGCUCUUCAUGGCUGUGACCAGCUCCACAUCCGCCGAGUUAAUCGCUGUCUCGUCGCUUCUGACCUUCGAUGUGUACAAGACAUACUACCGACCUGACACCAGCUCGGAGACCUUGGUCAAGGUCAGUCACUGGGCGAUUGCGUUCUAUGCAAUUGUGUUGGCUGCGUUUUGCUGCAUUCUCAAUGCCGUUGGAAUCAACCUAACCUGGCUGCUGACCGUGCUGGGUGUCAUCGUCGGUGGUGCAUCGCUCCCAGUUGGAAUGAUCCUCCUGUGGAAGCCCAUGUCUACAGUCGCUGCAGUCAGUGCACCCUGGGUCGGCUUCCUCUCUGGCCUUGUUGUCUGGUUUGUGACAACGUGGAAACGCUCCGGGGCUAUCAAUGUAGCCACGACGGGCGACACGACCAAUGCCUUGGCAGGAAACUUGGCGUCCUUUGGCGUAGGUUUUAUCAUGGCGGUCUUUCUGACCUUCGUGUUCCCAAAGAAGCACGCAUCCCCAGAAAUGAAUGCCCUUACUGGCAUCCCGUCUGAGCAAGCUGCCAAGCAUGAAGGAGCCAGGGAAGAAGAGAACAACGAAGGGGCAGAAGCCAAGGAACCGGUGAGCACGUCACAUACACCCGACGAGCUCGCCCCUCCAGUCCCGGUCAGAAACGAACUAGUCGACUAUCUCGAAUUCAACAACACCGAACCCAUGGAUCCCGUCCUGGUCAAGAGGGGAGAGCGUAUCGCGUGGGCAGCUAACGGAAUCUUCAUUUUCGGAGCAGUGAUUUUGGUUCCAUUCACUCUGUUCGGCACAAGCUAUGUCUAUAGUAAAUCGUUCUUUACGGGCUGGGUGGUGGUCUCGUUUAUUUGGGUUUGGACUAGUGUGGUGAUCUGCGUUGUGUACCCCGUGGUUGAAAGUAUGGGAGCUCUGCGAAGCAUAGCGAAGGGGAUGUGGGCGGAUCUUCAGGCGGUGUUUGGGCAUCGGAAGCCGCGGCGGGUAGAUGAUCUGGGGGCCUGA